CACACACACACAUUUGGGAAAUUCCAAAAAUGUACCUUCAUAUUUAAGAUGUGUUGGUCUUGGCCAGUAUAGUUACUCGAAGGGGAUGUUCCCGUACAACACGUGUUUUCAUUCUUCUCAGUGUAAUUCUAUACAGAGCCGAAAUAGACAACGAGAGCUUUGCACCAACCGAAUAGCUGGUAUAUGAGUGGGACUGGACAUUGGAAAUACAACAUCAGAAUAUAUUUCACGUGCUCUAGACAUAAAAAUAAAAUGCGUAAAACAUAUUUUUUGGUUUUGAUGAUCCAGUUCGGUGUUACAGGUGGACAUACACAUACUGUCCCUCAUCUGGAGAUGAACCCUUCCAGAUUGGUGGUGAGGUAUGGAGACUCAGUUUCAGUCAACUGCAGUACAUCAGUAGCAGACCCUGAAGGCAUGGGCUGGGAAGCAUCUGAGGGAGCCACAGGCUUGAUUGAAGACGUCACAUGGGUCAUGUGGACAGUAGAGAGCUUGGAAGACUGGGAUGGAAGUCCAAAGUGCUUCAUCAAUCUCAAGAAUGGAGAUCAGCAUAAAGAGACACUUGGGGUCACUCUAUACCAUCUUCCAGACGUUGUGUCCAUCUCUCCUCUGAACCACACUGGACCAAUGGUGGAAGGGACAGAGUACAAGCUGCAGUGUGACGUCCUCAAUGUUGCUCCUGUCCAGAACCUCACUGUGACCUGGUACAAAGGAAAUGAAACCAUAAAGACAGACUCUUAUAGUGACCAGCAUAAGACACCAGUGAAUAAGUCAUCUAUCCUCACCAUCACCCCAAGUAGAGAAGAUGAUGGAGCACUGUACAGAUGUGAGGCUCAGCUGAACCUGGGACCAGAGGGACCACAAUAUUCCAACACAUCAUCAACGUAUUCUAUUGAAGUUCAUUAUGGACCAGACAUAUUCUGUUCUGAUUUGGGCAUUAAAGAAGGGAGUCGUUUGGAAGGCUUCUGCUCCACAACAGGAAAUCCCAUUCCAAGUAUCCGCUGGUUGAAAGACGGACAGUCCAUGAAUGCCCUAGAUUCUCUCAGUAGGGGACAGGCAGGAGUGUAUACUUUAGAAGUUGAAGGUCGUACAGUGACCAGGCAAGAAGUACGGGUGUCUGUGUUGUAUGGCCCGGAAAUACAGUGUCCAGAAGCAUACGUUGCAGCUGAGAAUGCACCUCACAACUUGACCUGUAUCGUAGUAGGCCAUCCUCCACCCGAGAUCACCUGGUUUAAGGACGGAGAGGAGGUGACCCCUCUUGAGAGUCUCAGUAGGAGGGAUACAGGACAGUAUAUCAUAAAAGCCACGAUCAAUUCAUCAAGUGUCACCCACACUCUAGAUAUUGAUAUACAAUAUCCACCAUCAGAGAUAUUGGAACUGGAGGACACAGAAGGUAACAUUGGUUCUACUUUGGGACUUAAGUGCGUCUCCAGAGGGAACCCUCCUCCUCUCUACAGAUGGAUUCAUGACUUCUCAACCACCAAUAUAAAAGCAGAACAUGUAGAUGGGGUGUCUCUGCUCAAAAUCUCAGAUGCCACCAUGGAAAACAUGGGCAAUUACACGUGUAAUGCCACAAACAGCCAGGGAUCUGUUCAGAAAACCGUCAGGAUUACUCUAAAUGAGCCUCCAGGCGUGUCCAUCUCUCUUCUGGGCCACACUGGUCCAAUGGAGGAGGGAAAGAAGUACCAGAUGCAGUGUCACGUCCAAAAUGUUGCUCCUGUCCAGAAACUCACUGUGAGCUGGUACAGAGGAAAUGAAAGCAUAAAGACAGACUCCUAUAGUGACCAGAGUAAGACACCAGUGAAUAAGUCAUCUAUCCUCACCAUCAUCCCAAGUAGAGAAGAUGAUGGAGCACUGUACAGAUGUGAGGCUCAGCUGAACCUGGGACCAGAGGGGCCUCCCAGUGUGACGUCAAAUCCCCUCAACAUCACUGUCUAUUAUGAGCCACGCAUUAAUACCACAAAACUUCCUGGAAAAAUACCAGUUUUCUGGGGUUAUCCUGAGAAACUAGUGUGUGAAGCAGAAGGUUACCCACAGCCAAAGAUCAAGUGGUUGUACAAUACUAUGGAGAUUCAUGACGCCAUCGAGGCUGGAGGCAACCUUACAGUCACAGAGGGUGGACUCUACAACUGCACAGCCACCAACGAUGUUCAAACCACCUUCAUUGUGGUCCAGGUGGUUUUAAAAGAGGACUACCUUCCCCUCAUAGCUGGCUUUGUAGCCAUCACGGUGGUGGUUAUCUCUGUCAUCUUCGUCUUCAUCUACUCCAUCUACUAUAAGAACACCAAGAUGGGGCGCUACAGCCUGAAGGAUGCCAAGAUCGACAACACCCUGAAAGGAAAUGUGGCACAAAAUGGCCGGGGGACACCUCUCCCCAUGACCAAACUCUCUUAGCCAAAUAACUGUUUCUAGGGGGAAGACAAUGGGAUGCGAUUUUUUCCUUGUCACCAUUAACUAAAGUGACCAAAGGACUGACUCAGGGCUUGAUUCUCGUCGAUGGGGAAGGACUUACUUGCCCUUAAGAAUGAACUAUUUUGCCCUCCAGCACCAUGUUCACUUUCGAUUUGCAUUAUAGAAGAAUUUGAGGACGGCCAAUGACGCCUGCUAAUGACAUCAAUAAAUUACUACUGAAGAGUAUACUAUCACUGAAGAAGAAUCAGAAACAACAAAUCUCUUUAAAACAAUUGCUUUAAAAUGUAUUUUCUCUUGAUGGUAUUGAGAGACAGGAUCAUUAUGGUUAUAAUACAAAGGGAAUUGUAUGUCAUCAUUAAUCUUAAUUAGCUAGGCAUCAUGAUCUUUAAGUCAUGUACUGGACUUCAUGUUAUGCAAAUUACUUUAAAAGGUGAUCAUCACACUGUCAAGAUCUAUUGUCUUUAGAGGUAUUUGGAGUCAAUUUUAGCUCUCAGUGGCCAAGAAGCGCUCCUGAUUGCUUGAUGUCUGAUGUCCACAUAACCUUGUUAAUGAUGCAUAGACUUGACGCCCCAAACCCACCCACCCCAUCUACAUAUCCAUUGCUUGCUUUAUUGUAGAGCAAAUAGCUUGUCAGUAGCUUCUUCUCUGUGGACUGACCACCAGUUUACACUACUACUACUACUACUACUACUGACACACUGUUUAUUGGAUACCAGUGAUGUAUAUGUAGAUUACCACUGUUAUGCUUGACUGCAAGUAUGACUGUGGUGUAUGUGUCUAAGAAGGUGUCUCACAACUGCAAGCCCAGUGAAACAAGGUGUUAUAAUUGUUUAUUUUAAUGUACAGGUAGUAUAACAUUGUUUAUUUAUUUAAAUAUAGAUAUUUAGUUCUAAGAGUUUUAGCGUAAUGGCACUUGGACUGCAUGGGGACAGUUGCAAGAUUGAUGAGAAUAGGGGAAACGGUCCUGUGCCUGGAUCUGAAUUUUUGCUACAUUAUGUGUAUUAAAAUCCUUGUAUGUUGUUUAUAAGUG